AUGGCGGCGGUGGCGGCGGGCUGGCUGCCGCCGUGGCGGGCGCUGGCCGCGCUAGGCCGGGAGCUGGCGGCCGAGUGGGCGGCGCAGGACGUGCGGGCCGCGCUGUGCCAGCUGCUGCUGCUCUGGCUGGGCAUCAGCCUGCUGGGCGUCCGCCUGGCCUGGCGCGCCUACGGCGGGGCGGUGGCCGCGCUCUGCUACCGCACCGGCCCCUCCGGCCGCCGCUCCCCCGGCACCGCUCCCGGGGCCUCGCCCUCCCGGCCCCGCGCGCACUCCCUGUCCCCCGCCGGCCCGGCGGGACGCAACGGCGCCGCCGAGCGGCACUGCCCGCCCCGGGAUGGCCCCGCGACAGAGCCCAUGAAGACACACCGGGAGUGAGCAGCACCAGGACCGCCAGCUGGGUAUUGCCAACACCAUUAAAG